CGUGCCUCUGCUGUAGCUCAGCAAAAGUAACCACAAGAAUCAGAGACGGUUUAACGGUGUGCAUCCAUGUUGCACGUUCGCGGUGGAGAGCAGGCACCCUGCGGCAAACACACUGGAGGGGACGAAUGACCACUGCUUCCUGCAUUCUCUCCUAAAUUGUUUUGGUUUCCAUACAGUUUUUGUUAUCUUUUUACUAGUCCUGUUCUACCUCAGCACCAGGGGGAUGGGGGAAUGAUUAGCACCGACUCUCCUCCGCCGCCGCCGCCGCCUCCUCCUCCUCCUCCUGCUCCUCCUUCGGUAGGUCCCCGUGUCCCCUGUCAGUCGUCGAAGUUCUGUCUAGGAUGUGGGCCCCGCUGCUCGACCAGGCUGCGGUGUUUGCGGCCCUGUUGGCGCUCAGCACCUGCUUGACAGGAUCUCAUCUGUGCCCUCGGAGCUUAGAUUGUGCCCGGGCAGGACGAGACUUCUGCCUGCCCGGCAGCUCACACUGCGGUCCCUGCCUGCGCCCUCUGGUGGAGAACUCCCAUGGCCACUGUGUGGUCAAGAGGAGACAUGCUCCUCACUCCAUUAAAAGUAAGGUGAGCACUUAUCCUGAGCUCGAUGAGGAGAUUGACUUCCUCUCUGCCAUCAUCAGUGAACAGAGAACUGAGUCCAGGCUGCCAGCUCCACCUUCCCAAGACGUCUCUCAAGCUAAAUCCAAUCAGCUUGGUGAGCCCGGCCACGUCCAUAGAGCAUCUGCCACAGAGCAGCCCAUGACCCAGCCACCCACCACCACAAACCACACUCCCGCUCUGUUCAGCGAUCCCAUCAUUCUCCCCUACCCUCCUAAUGACUAUGUCUUCAUCAUCAUGAGCAGUGUCUUCAUCGUGGCAGGUUCGCUGGCUUUGGUCAUAGCAGCGGCCUGUUGGGUCAGAUUGCAGAAAGGUGUGCAAUUAACUCAGAAGAUGGACUAUCCUGCAUAUAGACUGAUGAGAGCCCAAGCCUUUGACAAUUUGCCUGGGGACAAGAAACUGGCCCACAGUGCCCAGAUGUACCACUACCAGCAUCAGAAGCAGCAGAUGCUCUCCCUGGAAAAACACAGGGAUGAUGCAAAAGUUCCUGACUCAGGAGCAUCGACCGAUGAAGAGAACGAGGACGGAGAUUUCACAGUGUAUGAGUGUCCUGGAUUGGCACCUACUGGGGAAAUGGAGGUGAAGAACCCACUGUUUGAUGACUCCACCCUUCAAAGGUUCCACAAGUAAACCUGAACACUUGAGAUGCUUCACACUCCCAAUGCAGCAUUUGUGUGUACAAAUAGUUGAAUUUACACACAUACACACACACUCCACAUACACUGCUCUGCUCAGUCCAACCCUUUGACAGGAAGGAGGGUGUACGGUACAUAGGGGAGAAAGAACAUGAUGAAAGAGGCACACAUGGACAUUUUAUGGACGUCACAGCACUAUUUUUAUUUUUACUUGAUGCAGGACUGAAUCUGGGACCAAUGCCUCCAAUUCUACAGCUUCAUUCUGUUCUUUCAUCACUCCUCUUCCCUACUCACAAAAUUACAAUCAGCCAAUAUCAAAGAACAGUUUCCAACAGGUAGCAGACAUGCAUAUUGAAUAUAAUAUCCUGUGUUAACAGGAGCAGAGUCAUGCCACUGACCUAAAACAAUGAUUGAUAGAUCUUCAUCAAUAUCCAUGUUUAUAUGUUGUACUCUUGAAUUUUUUGAGUUCUUACUGCAGGCUUUGGUUUUAUUUAAGCAUUUUAAAAAAUCUGACUUUAAUAUUUCAUGAACACACCGUGAUCUUUAUCAGUAUGUUAUGUAGUCAUUGUGUUCUGAGUCCAGUUCCUCUAUGCAUGAAUUGAUGACAGUGUGUUAUGGAACCUGAGAGUCAGUUUGCAUUUAAGGUUCUUACAAGUUUCUUGUGCAAACUUGCUGUAUUUAACAUAUAACUUGAAUGAUUUCAAAGUAAUUUGAAACCUUUUUACGUAGAACUCUGAAACAGAGCAGAUCCACCCUGUAUAGUACAUGGUAUCUCUAUAACAUGGCGUGUCCCCAUGGUUAUUGUGAUCUGUAAAUAGCUUCUAACGUGUACAGGAAAGAGACCUUACCUCACAUGGCUCACACAUGUUUCGCUACAUUCCGUAGCGCUGUGUCCAAUCUUCAAUUGUUGUUUCCUUAUCGUUGACUAUAUUUACAGGGUUCUUACUCAUGUGGAAAGGACAGGACAUGUCUCAGAAAGAAGUAAACAUAUUUUCCCUGGUAUAUCAGUUAUAGUGCAUUCUAGGUUUUAACUGAAAUGUAAUAGUUUGUUGAUUAAGGGGAAAGCAGAGCUUAACCGCACACUAACAUAGCUCCCAAAGGUUUAUUAAAAUCCUACCAAGUCUUCACCAGGGAAAACAUGAAAAAGGGGCAAGGUUUUUGUAGGUAUAAAACAGAUUGCAUAUUAUCAAGUACAACCAAUCAAGCUAAAUGCUUUAGAUUAUAACAUUCAAUAUUACAAGACACAUUGUCAUAAAGCAAAACGGUAUCAUAGAAGUCAAAAUAAACUGAAACGCUAACAAUAUUUAAAGAUAUUUGAAACUUAUUUCAAAGAGAGGGGACACAGAGUAAUAUUACAAUGCCAAGCCUAGAUGAAAUGAUAGAAAAAAGUUGUAAAGGGAGUAAAAUCCAUUACAUUGAUGUGGUAAUUGGUUAACUAGAAGCUGGGAAAAACAGGCUGGCUUUGUCCAAAUUUUAGAAAUAUCCCCUAAUUUAUGUAAUAUGCGGCAAUAAGAAAUGCACCAAUCUAACUUAAUCUUUCCAAAUACUAAUGUUUUGGUCUGUCGUAACUAAAUGAACAUAACUAAUAGUAGAAAUGCCGAAUUGUAUGCUGAUGGUCACUGUUAGCCAUAUAAAGGAUCGGAUUGGUGUACCCCAAAUGAAUAUUCUCUGCUUUUACCUUCUUUUUUUCUGAAGCUGCUAACCUAAAUGCUAGGACUACACAUGCACAACUACCUUUCUGUAUCUUGUUGAUGGUCACACUGCCCCACUGCAUAGACCAUACACAGUACAUUACACACCCAGGAUAAUUCUUCACCUUCACUGAACGUAUUUGACUAGGUGCAGUAACCCUGGAUGAAACUGUGGCCUCUUGCUGCUGUCUCUAAGGAAAGCUGCUCUUUGUGGCCCCUCUGUUCAGCCUGCUCCCACUGUCUCAGCCUCGUUUAGCUCUCACACAGUGGAGUAGCAUAUUAAACUGCAUUUGACCUGCACACAUACACCUACAAUAUGUCAAAAAUAUAUAUAUUUAUAUAUCUACAGCUGAUACAGUAUAAGGAGUAUUAACACAGAAUACUUUAACUGUGUUGUAAAGACUGUUUUAUUCAAACCUACUGAGGUUGUGGAACAAAAUGAAGGACUUUAUUAUAGUUGGUAUGAAGGAUUACCCGAAAAGAUACAAUUCUCAUAUUGUUUGCCUUUUCUAGAUGUUGCAUAGCUCUGCUGUCUCAGGAGUGCUGAUAGCUAAACAAAAACAGUGAGCUGGUUGUCUUGUUUUGGUAACUGUCUCGCUAAUGAAAAAUGGGUCUUGUGAAGGAAUUCUUGAACAAGAAACUACUUACGCUAGUUAUCUUUGGCACGGACUGUUUUGGGACUCUAUAUAAUGGGUUCUAAACACUAAGGAGUACUUCUUUACCACCAUGUUUAGCAUGCAUGUGGAUAUACCAGAGCUGAAAUGAAAUAAAUAUUUAUAUAAUCUGAAG